GGCGGUCGGCGAGCGGAGCCGGCCGGAGCGGGCCGGGCAGCGGCCGCCGCCGUCCCGGAGCGCGCGCGUGCGCGCGGUCGGGCUGGUGGGCGGGAGGAUGGAGCUGAACUCCCUGCUGAUCCUGCUGGAGGCGGCCGAGUACCUGGAGCGCAGGGACCGAGAGGCCGAGCACGGCUACGCCUCGGUGCUGCCCUUCGACGGCGAUUUCGCCAGGAAGAAAACAAAGGCGGCCGGCCUGGUGCGCAAGGCCCCGAACAACAGGUCUUCACACAAUGAACUAGAAAAGCACAGACGAGCCAAACUCCGGCUCUACCUGGAGCAGCUCAAGCAGCUGGUGCCCCUGGGCCCCGACAGCACCCGCCACACCACGCUGAGCCUCCUGAAGCGUGCCAAGAUGCACAUCAAGAAACUGGAGGAGCAGGACCGCCGGGCGCUGAGCAUCAAGGAGCAGCUGCAGCGGGAGCACCGCUUCCUGAAGCGGCGCCUGGAGCAGCUGUCGGUGCAGAGCCUGGAGCGCGUGCGCACGGACAGCACAGGCUCCGCCGUCUCCACCGAUGACUCGGAGCAAGAAGUGGAUGUAGAGGGUGUGGGGUUCGGCACCGGCGAGCUGGACAGUGUUGGCAGCGGCAGUGACGUGGACGACCACUACAGCCUGCGUGGCGGCUGCAGCCACGGCAGCUACGGGCCCCCCUGCAGGCGGCCUGGCCGCCCCGGCCUCUCGUAGGCCCUGCCCUCUGCUCCUCGGCCCGCCCGCCCGCCCGCCCGCCCGCCCAGCCGAGCGUGUCAACCCUCCGGUCCUUGAAGUCUCUCCACGGGCCCACUGCUGUGCCAUUCUGGAAGCUCCGGCUGCCGCCUGGGCUGCCCGCCUCCGCCCGCCUGCCGGUCAGGGCCUGCUGCGCCGCCCACUCCUCCCACCCAGGCAGGGACCCCUACGGGGAGGCGGGGCCCAGCUCCCGGGGCCCGGAGCCCAGCAUAGCCGCCCACGGUCUGUUCUCAGAUUCCUAAUCAUUCCAGAAGUAUUAAACAUCAUUGCUGCAAACCUC